AUGAACAACGACCAGUUCCGCCGGCUGGUGCUCGACAAACCAGGGAAAAGAGCAGACGCCAACAACGACUCCAAAUCUUCAGAACCGAAUGCUGCUAGUACGCAAAAUGCUACUACGCCUUCAACCCUCGGCUCACGCAUGCGCUCUGGAAUCCCCAUGACACCACGUAAUGUACGAAAAGGCGGAGGGGUUGAUUUUGCGCGUCAACUCGCCGAGCAGCGACGCGAGUCAGGAGGAGGACAACAACCACCAACGAAACGGUUCAAAUCGUCAGCAGCGCCCAAGGGGACCAGAUUGGCGAGCGGGUAUCAGGAUCGCACGGCGUUGCGGCGACAACAAGACGAAACAGAUAAUAACAACGGCGAAGAAGGAGGAGGAGGAGGAGGAGGAGGAGGAGAAAAAGAAGGACUUGCGCAGCGACUCAAGGCGCUAGAAGACAUGGUCAAAUUGGGACAGAUUGAUCAGGCCACAUUCGACAAACUGAGAAAAGAUCUUGGGGUUGGUGGGGAUUUGCAAAGUACACAUUUGGUCAAAGGGUUGGAUUGGGAUCUUCUCAAAAGGGUCAAAGGUGGAGAAGACGUUUCUAAGGAAGAGGAGGAGGAGGAAAAAGAAAAAGAGAGUGAACAGCAGGUUACAGCUGAAGAUGUUGAUGAUGAGCUGGAUCGUGUCCUGGAAGAAAACGCAGAUGCACCACAACCUGCCCCGAAGGAGAAAAGAGUCAAGAAAGGAAACCUCGCUGCUCCGCCGGGCAAGAUGUCGCGAGAUGAAAUAUUACGCCAGUUAAAAGCCAGUCGAGCGGCGGCAGCAGAAAACUCUCAAGCGACUUCCGCUCCUGUUGAACCUGCUCUCGGCUCAAAGUUUAAGAAAAUCCACGACGGAAAACCAGAAAAGAAACGAUGGAUUGAAACAGACCCGAGCACCGGCCGGCGUAAGGAGAUCCUCACUAUUACAGAUGCCGAGGGCAAGACAAAACGAAAAGUCCGAUGGCUCGACAAAGAACUCCCUCCUCAGCCUCCCACGACGGAUGGCAAUGGGCUGUUGCUUCCCGAUCAAAAAGCCGCGCCUUUGGGUAUGGAAGUGCCUGCUGAAGUUGCUGCAAAGAUUGCCGCUGAAGCCGCAGCUGCGGCGGCGCAGUCAGAAGACGAGGAUAUUUUCGCCGGAGUGGGGACCGAAUACAACCCACUCGCCGAUCUAGACGAGGCAGAUUCGUCUGAUGAAGAGGAUGAGGAGGGCGAGUUGGCCGAUGACCGCAAACUGCGAACCAAGGAAGAAGAGAAAGCACCGCCCGUUUCAGAAGAAGCAGCCAAACCACGCAAUUAUUUCGGCAAGACAGAAGAACCCGCGGCCGAGGACCGCAGCAACCCUCUGGCCAGCGAUCCCACGAUUCUCGCGGCUUUGAAACGCGCAGCAGCUCUCCGGCAGGGCUCGGCGCAAGAAGAACAAGAUCUGGCUGGUGACGGUGACGAGGAUGUCGACCCGGAGAAACUUGCGCGACGCAAAAAGUUUCUUGAAGAGGCGCGCCGUCGGGAAGCGCAGGACGCGCUUGAUAUUGAUUAUGGGUUUGGCAGCAGUCGGGUUGAAGAUGAAGAGGAUGAAGAAGGGCCGACGUUUGACGAUCAGCAGCGUGGAGGGGCCGGCAAACGAAAGCGUGGUCCGAAGAAGAGAAAGGGGGACAAGGACUCUGCUGCUGAUGUGUUGCGUGUCAUGGAGGGCCGGAAAUAG